AUGGCCCUCCUCGCCGUCGUGGUCCACGUCCAGCCUCUGGUCGCCACCGCCAUCAUGAACCAUCUCAUUCACCACGAAUUCAGGCUCGGGGCAGACCUCAUGCCGAACCGCGAGUGGGACAACUCGGCCAACCUGCUGAUCCAGUUCGCUGCCAAGUUUCUCAAAAUCAUGAUCAUCGGCUCGCUCACGACCAUGAUCUUAACCUUUAUCCGCCGAGAGGUGACGCUCAGUCAGGGAACGCCGCUAGCGGUCUUCUUUGCCGGCAACAACUUCAGCUCAUCCAAGUUCCUGUGGUCGGACGAGUUGACGGCCAUGAUGAGGGACCGCUUCUUGACCGUCGAAAAAGGUCUUGUUCGUUUCCUUCCUCAUCAUGUGCUACGUCCUGGCGGUGAUCAUGGCACCUGCGACGGCUGCCGUCCUGACUUCCCCCAACGACUGGUGGAUGAGGGCGAGUUCGCCUCUAUGGAAACUCGAUGCAGAGUCACCAUUCUCGAUAGCAACAACACCGACAUCACGGCCUUGGAGAACCCGACCACACAAGCUUUCUUGGCCAACCUCGACAGCACGAGCCCCCCGUUACCCUCCUUUGGCAUUGAUCCGGAGCUGCCAACGUCUCUAUCGGCGUCGUCAUCUCUCUCCCAAGCCAAGGGGAACUCGCAGUAUACGGGUGCCUGA